AUGGCAUUCGCACCAGACAAAUGCACCGCAAGAUGGGCGUCUUAUGCCUUUCUCCUGACGAUAUCUACCUCGACGGCCAAUUCCCAACCCGUGCGAAAGGCCGAAGAUCUACAACACACUAAAGGCUACCUCGACAUCCCCGUUCGCUACAAAGAAGUUCCAGAAGGCAUCUGCGAGCUCACAUCAGGACUCAAAUCAUUCAGUGGCUACGUCGACGUCGAGGACAAUCAACAUAUCUUCUGCACGCUGUUUGAAGCACGAGAACGUGAUCCUGGAGAAGCGCCUCUCACUGUCUGGCUCAGCGGCGGGCCAGGUGGAUCUAGCAUGGAUGGUAGGGAGGAGAUUGGGCCUUGUGGAGUUGAUUUCGAGGGGAAUCUGUACAGUCGUUCCUAUUCUUGGAGUAAUGCAUCCAACCUUCUCCUGAUAGACCAGCCCGUCGGGGUUGGCUUCUCCUACACCGAACCUCUGGAAGACGAAGCGAUCACUCCAAAUUCCACGUCUUCGGCAGCUCCAGCCUUUUGGAAGACAUUGCAAGGCUGGAUGGGGGCCUUCCCUCAGUAUUCAAGAUCUGGCCUUAACAUUGCUACGGUGAGCUAUGGGGGACACUAUGGUCCUAUCUUCGCGCAAUAUAUUGAGAGGCAGAAUGACAGGAUUGCCGCCGGAGAGCUACAAGGCGCCCAUGCUAUCAAUCUCACGAGUCUAUUGGUCGGCAAUGGAUGGAUCGAUCCAACUCUCCACGCUAUAUCCUGGUACAACUACACCGUGUCUCCCGGGAACACAUAUGACCUCUCACUCAUCAACCCUUCCCCUGCUGAGAAGCUUCGCGAAGGGAUCUUCGGGCCUGGACAAUGCCUUGACCAACUGAAAGAGUGCAACACACUCCAGACGGACUACAUCUGCAGCUCGGCAACAAUAUUCUGCGGUGAAGUCCAAGACAUACCCCCUAGUAUGUCCGGACGGCACGACAUGGACAUCCGAUACCUCAACCCUGAUCCCUUCCCGCCAACCUUUUAUGUUGACUUCUUGGCUCAGGAUUGGGUCCGUCGGGCACUUGGGGCAGAGGUCGAGUACACGGACUACUCCUUUUUCGUGGAAGGUCAAUUUGACGAAACAGGAGAUGAUUCUCGAGAGUUAGGUAUCAAGGAUGCACUUCGGGAUCUGAACAGGCGUGGAGUCAACGUCGCUCUCUAUUAUGGAGAUGCUGAUUACAUGGUCAACUGGAUGGGAGGAGAAGCCGUCGCUACAGCUCUUGAGAUUCCUGGAUUCUCUUCAGCAGGAUACCAAGACAUCACCACCUCAGACGGCGUAGUCCACGGCCAAGUCGAGCAAAGUGGUAACUUCGCUUUCGUGCGUAUCUACGAGGCAGGACAUUCAGCGACGUGGUAUCAGCCCUUACUCGCGCAGACGAUGUUCGAGCGGACUAUUCAAGGACUUGACAUCUCCACGGGCACGCAGCGAUCAGUGGCAGAGUACAAAUCGAUAGGCCAGCCAAGGAGUACUUUUCAUGAAGGGAGUGGCACCGUCAUCGACCAUGUCCUCUCCAAGAAUGCUACUUACGAACAUACGACAAAUCGACCGGAAGAGGAGCACUUGCCGCUUCCACACUCUGGGGAGAAGCGAGAGACAAUUCCAAGCAUGGUCGGAAUCUUGAUCAUUGCACUUUUCUGUAUGUUCUCCCAACAGCUUGUCUGA